GUUUGGAAAAACAGCGGAAGUGGAUGACUAGCCACAAACUUGACUGCUAAAUACAAUGGCACUUGCAGAUAUACUCCAUGGUGAUUCAAUACAUUUUCAAAGACCACAUGGUCUAAGUUUUAGUUUUGGUCAAAAUGACAUCGGCUUUAGAUCGGAGUUCGGAGAUGGAAACAAUUUUGCAUUGAAAGCUUCUUUAGGCGGCGGUUGUGACGACGGAGUGGAGAAAAAGAUAGAAUUCCUUCAUGGGACCACCACGUUAGCAUUCAAAUUCCAGCAUGGUGUCAUCGUUGCUGUGGAUUCUCGUGCGACGGCUGGCGCCUACAUCGCCUCACAAACUGUGAAGAAGGUGAUUGAGAUUAACCCAUACCUGUUGGGCACCAUGGCCGGUGGAGCCGCCGACUGCAGCUUUUGGGAGCGUCUGCUGGCGAAACAGUGCCGCGUUUACGAGCUACGCAAUAAGGAGCGCAUCUCUGUGGCGGCAGCCUCCAAGCUGCUUGCCAACAUGGUGUACCAGUAUAAAGGCAUGGGACUCAGCAUGGGUACCAUGGUGUGCGGAUGGGACAAGACAGGGCCAGGCUUGUACUAUGUCGACUCUGAGGGGAACCGUGUGUGUGGUGACCUGUUUGCUGUGGGUUCGGGCUCCAUGUAUGCCUACGGGACGCUGGACAGCGGGCUGCGCCAAGACCUUACCGUAGACGAGGCCUGUGAGCUGGCACGCAGAGCGAUCUACCAGGCCACCUACCGAGAUGCCUACAGCGGAGGCCAAGUCAAUCUGUACCACGUCCACAGUGAAGGCUGGACUCGGGUGUCUCAGGAUGAUGUGCUGAAGCUACACCAACAUUACGCUGAAAACAAUGCGUAGGUGCUGAACCAGAAAAGGCAGGAGAACAAUACCUCUGAUAGUAUAUGUCCAAUCUCCCUGUUGCCCUCAAGGCAUAGUUUUCAUUGAUUGGCUUUUGUUGUGUUACACAAAUGCAUUAAUGGUUUUGUAUGAUGUUCUAAGAUAUUUGGAAAUAAAUGCCUUUGUUCUGAUCUCA